AUGAGUCUAUCGUUUGGCAUGCAUGUAGGCGAGACCUUUGGUGAGGACCGUCUCUACGUUGAUUUGGGCAGGAAAUCUGUGUCUCUCGUCCAUCGAAUCCCAGUUACUCCCUCCACCUACCUCUGGCGUCGCUGUUGCCUCGAGUCCUCCAUUGACUGGCUUUAUGAGGAAGAAUGUCGAAGGCCUUCUCACAAUGGCCCCGGCACUUACUUCUAUACGCAAUCCAUGCUUCGCGACGCGGCCUCCGUCACUAGUGUCCCACCCAAACGGCCUCGACUCUAUCGCGGUGGCGUCCGAUACAUUCAGAACUACAAUCCGGUAAAGGAAGUCGUUGACAUCGGUAAGCGGAUGCCCUUUGAGAACGACGACAUGGAAGAGUUGGCGGUGGGCCCCCUCCUCAGUCAAACUGCUCGCGCCGUCGGGGGCGGACGCCCGCGAGAGCGCCGCAUUUUACGACGAGUCUACACGCAGAGCCCAUAUCGCACCCGCAUCUCUCUCCACGAUAAUCGCCAUAAGGACUACAGCAUCCGGCAGGAAGCACCACCCUCACAUCCCACCAGCCCUGCACCUCGAUCGCUUGCGCUUGGAAUCUUCCCAUCCCUCUGUCUCUAUUUCGCGACCACCUACCUCGCUGCUCAGAUUCAAAGAUGGCAGCGACUUAUUCUUCUUGCCAAAAGUGGAGGCACACGCCCUCUUCCGGAAUUCCUUCCGAUACUCCCAUCCCAGAAGCAUUUGCUGGCCAUCCGCGCCUCCGCUCUCAAGGCCGGUGAGGACGACGACAUCCUCAAGAUUAUUGAUGCCUCCUAUGUAGCUUCGUACAAUUGGUUGGCAAGAGACAAACCGACAAUCCUGGUUCCAGGCAGCCCUCCAAGAUGGGCACCUCCAGUCCAUGCUCCAGCCCUAAAGCAGGACAGAGGCACAUAUUUCAGAGACAAGAAUGCCUCUCAAUAUGCCCCAUAUCCAACGGAGCCUGGCGUUCGCGCCAUAUUCACGAUGAAACCUGACUUCGAUGGACAAGAGGUUGAUGUAUUUGCGUGCGGCAACACGAUGGGUUCUUUGCUUGCCUUCGUUGGGGAGCGAGACAGGACUUUCAGAUUCGUGGCUGAGAAGGUGGGAAGCACGUUGUUCCUGAUCAGGAAGGAAAACAAUCCUCGUGACACGAUUCCAGACGUUCGGGGCAAUGGGCAUACGUUUCCUGAAGCCUAUACCAACCGGAACCCAGCUUGUAUUGGAUCCCAGUCUCACCAACGAUUGGUGUCAUAUUCGUUCGGGGGACUGAAUCUUGUGGUCAGAUUUGAGAUAGACGGAUAUCUCCCACGGAAGCUGGAAGAUGACUAUCAGGCCAAACGCCUUGAAGUUACGCCGCCUCUGGGGACAGUCCCAAACUUCAUCGUCGCUUACCACGAUCGAGGUAUUUUCAUGGACGUCCAAAACAAGGAUGUUCGAGCAGGUGUGGAGGACUGGGAGGAUAACAACAAAGAGACUUUGGAGCGUUUGAAGGAAGUAUUGACCCUGCUGGAUGUCCUCGCCCAGAAGCAGGUGAACUGGAGAAUCGAAAUUCGCAGGGUUGCAAAAGGCAACUUGGCAGUUUGA